AGAUUGCCCGUAUGGAUGGUAAAUCAACUGUAGAAAUAACAGAACGUAACGGUCACUUCAUUAUCGAUUUCUCAAAAAUGCAAGCCACAAACAAAAUAACUGGUGAAACAAUGAAACUAAAAAGAAAGUUGCUUGGUGCUACUUCAGAUUUUUCUGUUCCAUCAAAUUGGUCUCCUCAAUCUUCCAAUCAAAUUGUCUGGCUUGUUAAAUUAACACCGACAUCAUUGGAAUAUAUUGAAGUUCAAAAUCAUUUCUUCGCUUGCGGUGGCAGCCCAAAUCAACUGUACGAGAUUCACCGAAUACAAAACCCUCAAUUAUAUUCUAGAUACCAGGCCUUUAAGAGUUCUAUGCGCGGUAACGUAAAUGAAAUGCGUCUUUUCCACGGAACCAGUGCAGAUAACAUUGAUUCAAUAAAUACAAACAACUUCAGUCGUAGUUUUGCUGGAGUAAAUGGAGUCGCAUAUGGAAAUGGAGUGUAUUUUGCUAAGAAUGCAUCAUAUUCCAUUAAAUACGCUCGGAAGGGAAAUUUAUGGUCAAAACCAAAAAUGUACAUUGCUAAGGUGCUUGUAGGAGAUUACACUUGUGGAAAAAGGAGAAUGAAAGCACCGCCAUCCAAAAAUGAUCCUGAAAAUCCUGGUCUACUGUAUGAUUCUGUUGUCGAUAACACAAAUAAUCCAACUAUGUAUGUUAUAUUUCAAGAUAAUCAGUACUAUCCUGAAUAUCUUUUAACUUUACAAUAAUUUAGUAUCAGUCUUAAAAUGUUCAUCUAUUUUAUAUGUAAAAUCUAUUUUUCUUGUUGUGAGUAGCUAAUUUUAAAAUUUAAUAGAUAAUAGUCUCUCUU